AUGUCGCGUCUCCCAGUGUCCCGGCUGAAAGCCGAGCUCACGAGGGCCAAGGCAGAGGUCAAGAGCCUCAAAGACGAGCUGAAGCAAAGAGAGCUGGCGCAGAAGCGACGAGGCGAGAAGGAGGCCGCUGAGCUGCGAGCGGAGCGGCAGAAGGCGGAUCGUCUCCAGGCGCAGCUGAAGAAGCUGGAAGAGGAUGGGAAGACCCAAAACCCAAGAGCCGUGCUCAUAGUGCAGUCUGGCGAUGACGAUCAUGGCGGCGAUGCAAGGGUCGAGUUCGCAACUAAGGGGUCUUAG